AGUACAAGUCUGGUGUUAUCAGACGCAUUUGGCGACCACACUCUCUCGGUGUGCACCGAUGAGAGCAGAAAAAUGGAGGCAUGCAGGCAACGGCGAUUUGCUAUUAUGGCAGCAGCACUGUUGGAUGCAGAAGACGACAAACCGUUUUCUCCUAAAAGAAAAGGUGCUGCUUGAAUGGCUGGAUGCAACACAAUCCAUAACCAACUGUAUGAGGAGUGGCUUGAGGACGGAACCAAUGAAUAUUGAAGACCCCUUUGGGUGCCUCAGACAACAUGCGCAGUGCAUGUCACAACAAGUUAGGCGAUCUUGAUGUUACCACCAGUAUCCCGCUAAACAAAAUCUGUAAAGUUGCCAGAUCCCACGCCGAGGCGGGGACUUUUUGUGCAGUCGGAGCAAAACCUCCCUUAUCCCCCCCGGCAUGUCUAUGUCAGCACAGCUGCGCGCAAAGGCGUAGCAUUACUACGUGAUGCGCAUGCCGGGGAACAAAAAGGGGGAUUUCUCCCCCUUGUGAAUAUCUAUUUACAAGGACCUUCUGGAUUCGCAGCCAUGUAAAAGAAAGUUAAAUGCCCUCCAGUGUUUUCGUAAUGCUUCGCCUGAUGUGCUGAAAUCACCUUAUGUGCCCAGGUGGGAUUUUCAGGAUACACACUUUUAAGUUGUAUAUGGGAUCAGGUAAAUCGUAAGCAAUAAGGUGCAUUAUACAUCCUGCAAAUCAGUUUACUAUAUGCUUAAAAAGUUUGCUAAAAUUUGUGACAUACAAAUAAAAAGAUUGCAUGAAAAAAGCUAUAACUUGAUUUCUUGGUUUAUGAACAAUGUAAAUGCUAGAUUAUUGUUUACCUGAGAAAACAUUACUCUUUUUAUUAAAUAUAAUUCUAUGCCAAUUUUUUUGUCAUCUUUCAAUAAAACUUUUGCACAGGUUGUAUGCAAGAGUGAGAUUUUAUUUGUUGCUAAAAUCCAGAACUAACCAUAAACUUUAGUGAUGUAUAUGUUGGGGAAAUAAGGAAAUAUAAAACAAUCACUAAGUCAUGACAGGCAUGUUCAGUCGUACACAACACAUAUUUUUUGGUUUUAUAGUCGUGAUUGUUUGGAGGACUGAGCUGCGGGUUUAUCUUGGAGAGAAACUAACAAAUAGUAUGGCUUGUAUACUAGAAAUCUGUACCCUGAACCAACAAGUGCACAUACGAUACAAAUUGUUUUGUUUCUCUUUUCUUUUUUCAGGGCAAUUUUGAAGCAAAAUGUGGCUCAUCUAAAAAAAGUGGACGUCACUGCAGGCAUUAUUGCACGGAAAAGUGCUGGAAUGAAUUGUCUGGCUUAGCAAUGACUGGUGUACCCUGCAAAUGAAACCCAUCAAAUGGCCUGCUCCGUAUAAAGAUCUCAUGGUGUUUUUUUGUUGUUGUUUUUUAGCAUAUGCAACACCAGUGGCGAUUCCCGGCCGGCAAAGUGGUGGAAGUCUCCCGUUUGCCCCGCCGAAAAGGUGGAAGGUACGACGCCAGAAGGCGCUCCACGAGUGCCGUUUCUGCCCGUACUCCUGCGAGCACAAGUUGAACCUCCUCAAGCACGAGCGGACGCACACGGGCGAGAAACCCUUCCAGUGCCAGUCGUGUCUCAGGGGCUUCGCGACGAGGGCCAACUACGUCAGGCACCUCAAGGUUCACAGGGAGGGCAAGUUCAAGUGCUCCUUCUGCGAGGCAAUGUUCACCGACAAGAAGUGCAGGACGGUCCACGAGCAAGUCCACUGCGGCAACGCCCCACGGUGCAACGUGUGCGGACGACAGUUCAAGAGCACCCUCUGCCUGAUCCAGCACAAGGAGCUGCAACACGAGGAGCCACCGUCGAAGGAGACGGCGCCGGUCGCGCCUGGAGCGGGUGUCGUAGGGAAUGCGGAAGACACGUUGGAGUUGCCAAAGAGUUUGGCAGAGCUGGGGAAGGGUGGGGAGGGGACACCGGUCAAGGUCGAGAACCCGGCGGCGGACGUCUCAACGCCACCUCUAUGAGGGGAGUGCAGAGGUUUUAAAUGGAGCUCCAGUUAUGGUUUUACCCCCAACUAUGGUUUUGGACUACUAUCCGGGAUUUACCCUUUGCGGCAUGCUCUUUAUUAUCUCUGAAUUCCGAACUUGCCAUCCAGAAACAAUCCCUUCCUUUCCCACUUUGAACGCCAAUACUGACGUUUGAAUUUUUCUGUGCUUUCCGGUGGGGCAACGCAACACUGCCCAGAACACAAGUUGUGGUCACGUCGUCGUCGGUGGAUUCCAGGGAGGUAAGAAGCUCUUGGAGGUGACAUGACGCCACCAGAGGCGAAGCCACAAGUGUGGAGGGACACGCCCCUACUGACGGCCAAAACAACCGUGGUUUUGGACAGCCGACGGUACAAGCUAAUGGGACCAAUCAAACAGUGUUAAAAGUGCAAGUCACUGGGCUUUUCUUGUUUGAUUGGCUCAGCAAUGAUAGAACACAUUCAAAAACAUGAUAAACUCCACGAUGGUGCACUUUUAAGUGUGCCAUCAUGGUGCACUUAAAGCUGAUGGUGCACUUAGAGCUGAUGGUGCACUUUUUUAAGUGCACCAUCACCUCAUAGCAUCUGCUGCAUCUGGACUUAGGUGCAACGAAGUAUAGUACCAAAUAUUCUCACGGACUCGCUGCACAAAUUGCUUGGUCACACUAGCAUGUCCAUUUGCUCGGAAACGCUUUCUUCUGAACGCCGCUUAACAUUUACAUGCAGCAACAUCUUGAUGUUGAAUGCAUUCCAUUCUAACACCCAGGGUACUACUGUCGGCGCAUAUACGCAUGAAUGACGUUCUCUCGCCGCCUUAUUUACGUCGUCGAGCAGCCGCUGCUUGCUCCGACAUAUGCUUCGGCCGCCCCAUUCUCGCCAAGGGAAUGGCAACCGAAAGCGAGACAGACCAAAUGGCAAGGAGCACUCUCACAUGACCCCUUGCACGAUCGCAAUUGGCCGAACGCGCUGCGCCUCAAACCGAAGGGUGAGGAUAUCACCGCUGUACUCCCUCUACCAGCACCAAAGCCACCUGCAAUAAAUACGUGCAUGCUUCAUUUGUUUUCGGCAACACAAAACUUGUUCAAAAGGAAACAAAAACGUCCAAGUGCGAAACAAUGGCACGACAAACAGUGCAGACAAAUUCGUCGUGGUCGUUGUGUUGCCCACGACAAAACAAAAAAUGUGGUCGGAUGCUGCCACAUAAUUUCCGGCCUUGAAUUUUCAUGCUUGUGUUUCGGUUUCAAACAGUCAAGCUUCUUUGGCUCUAUUAAAAAUAUAUGUGGCUCUGCAAGAAAAUAUUGAUUAGGUAGUUUCCUGACCACAUUAAAAUGUUUGGAAAAAACAAAACAUUUGUGGAGUGUUGGUGUUUUUUUAAUGGUCAAUAUGCCGAAUAGCAGCGCCCCUAACGGUUCGGGUGUACUCUGGGAGGGGGAAAGUGUCAAUGGGUAGGUGUUGUGCAUCUCAUCUGCUCUUGUAUUUGCAUAGCCGUUGCUCAUGUCGUGAAUUUUUCCACACCUAAGUGCGAUUUAGUCUACCCUUUUCUCGUCGCUAGAUAUCGGACACAGCAAAUAAUGAAACAUUUGUAAUCUUGCUGGCACGGGAAGAGCGAAAACGCAGCAGCGGAAAAGUCAAGUGAACGCAGAUCGAUGUAUGCUGAACGUCAUACCAGCUCGGUGCGUGCAUUUGUUUGCAACCUCGAGAACAUCCACAGAGACUAGUACUCGAGUUUUAUAGCACCCUUGUUCCCAUGGGCAAUUUUCUCACAGCGACGUAGCAAGAUGUGCAGGUUUGCACUUCAUUACAUUCUCACUCAUAGAGCUAGGUUUGUGGCAUACCGCAUUAGCCCUAUUUAAAAUAGCAAUCGGCAAAGCGGUGAGAUGUGUGACAGUGUUCAGACGAAAGAGUGGCUCGAAUAGACGCCACACUAUUCACUUGCUUCCAAAGGCUUUUAAAUGCUGCUUCUGUUGGAACAGGUUUUGUUUGGAGGCUUCCUUGGCUGCUCAUGAAAGGAGUUGCACAAAGCUACGGUUGCUUAUGAAAGGAUUCAUGAAGCUAAAAGGUUGAACAAACGCAGCACCCACCAAGAGCAGUUAAAAUUCCCCUUUGAGCUUCCCUUUCAAGUCAUGUGUCCUAAUCAAUUGAGAAUUCCCUGGAAUCUUGCAACCUACAAGUUAAAGAUCUACAAAUGCAACACCUGCACAAUGGCUUUCAUCAUAUAUGAGCAACUUUGAGAAGUACACCCAGGGGUUCACCAAGACAUGGGGCCCUUGUGGUGCUCUACCUGCCCGGGAGUUCGACCAAGAAUCACAAACACUGAUGCAAACAUAUAUUUCAUGUGCCAUAGUCUAAGUGGUGGUUUAAACUGGAGCAGUUCAAACUACCAUACUUUUAUUUACCCAUUAGACCGAUGGAUACCGUGCCCCGAAUUGCACUGGUGCCUUCAAAUACCCUUUGAGAAAUCGGUUUAAUGUUAAAAAGGUAAACGAAACCUGCAAGUGUGGAGGCGAAGUGCUUGCCGCUUUUUCUGCAUCAAGUUGCAGAUAAGCAUUGAGUCCGCACACAAUUAUUAAGCAUCUAGUUUGAGAAUUAACACAUCAGGCAGUCAUUCUUGUAACUAAAAAACAUAAAUUAAUCAUGCCUUUUAUUCCUAGGUGACCAUUUAUUCAGAGAUGACCCGGUGCCUCUCAUCCAAGUGAUGAGCGUGUGUGCAUGCACAGUGCCGACAGCAGUGCCACCGCAGUGCCGUGACUUGACGAUACACCUGAAUUAUCUACUUUCUUCCUCUCGGUUUCCUGCAGUUUUUUAUUUAUAGGCAUUUCCUUUAUUGGAGUACACAGAAUUUGUGCACUACAUUGAUGCCAUCAUUUGUGUUGGCUCAUUCAGUCGUCAUAAUUUGUAUGCCCUUUGCACGUGUGUCAGGGUUACUCGUUUUGUUCAUAAUGCUUGAAUGGAUCCAAGGCUAGUUGGAAAGAAUGCGAGUCCGUCUUUCCUUUUUAUGCCGAUUGAAUGUGUUAUGUGAAUAACGGAAUAAAGUUAUUCUCAUCCAAGUUUCUGCCGCAGU